UGCUGCAUCGCGUUGCAGACGGUACGGCACGGAGCUCCACACUUUUUUUUGUUGUUGUUUAGCAGACGAUAAAGAAAUAACCGACGUUCUUUUCGUUUCGUGCAAGAUCUCCGCAAACGAAACUAGGUCCACGGAAUCCGGAGGUGUUGCUACAAACCUAGGACAACACAACGGUGCCGAUUCCGGGCAUAUAUUUCUUAUUUGAUUGUGUGUCUCGAUUUGUGGAAGAGUAUUCUGCGAUCUCACCGCCGUCCGAAGAAUGCAGCAUCAAAAAAGCACCACGUGACCCAGUGGAAUUCAUCCAGAGGAGUACCGUUGGAUAUGCCAGGCGAUUCCCCUCGUAAGAUGGCGGCCGAGGCACCCGAGGUCCCGGCCCGCCACCGACGCUCGGACAGCGGGCCCGGGUCGGCCCAGGCACAGGACCAGAGCCGCUUCCGAGAGAUGGAGCUGCUGUGCGAAGCCGGACUCAACUUCGGUCGCCAGGUGCGCAACGUGCGGAGGGUCGCCGUCGCCGACAACUCCUUCGUCAAGCAGCUGUCGCCCCCUUCCCGGAAGACCGUCGAGGACAUCGAAGAGGGCCUGUUCCAGGUGCAGCGGAUGCACAGCCAUGUCAUGGCGAAGACCACCAGCCUGGUCUACAGGUUGCAGGACGUUCUAUUGCAAGAGGAGUGUAGCCGACUUCGAAAGCAGAUGCAGCGAAUUUCGACGUUGCCAGCCGAGAGGAGGACAGCGCAGCUGCGGGAGCGAGAGCACGACCUCAUCGUGAGGAUAGUCCGCAACGUCAACAAGAGGGACGCCAUUUUGGCCGAUCUCCACACGGAACAGCUCAGGGCCGCAGACGAACAACGCCUAAUGGACAGGGAAUACCAAAGGUGGCGAAGAGGUUUUCCCGACAAAACGUUUGGAGAUAAAACGGACGCCCUAUACAAGCAAGGUCCCUCUAACGGAGACGAACAAACGACCGCCAACGGUGUUGACGAACCUUUUCCAGACUGGACGCGGACGCUGCACACCCCGCCGCCCAAGAAGCAGAACAAGACGUCGUCCGCGCUGCGCAACAUCAGGAAGCGACUGCUCAAGACCGUGAGCCGAGUCACCUCCAAGAGAAAGAACAAGUGACUCGUCCGUCACCGGCCAUCACUACGACGACGACGCAAUGGCCCGCGUCCGCGACAUAUAAAAAAAAAGUGACUGCUCCAGACUGUGAGCCGCGCCAUCCAUAAGAGAAAGAACAAGAGACUCAUCCGUCACCAAGCAUCAUCAACCUUACUACAAAAGAUGGCGCAUCGUUCCGUGUCCUGCGCGUAAAAGGGAGCAAGAACGCAACUGUGGGUGUGAAUGAACCGACGCAGGCGUCGAACAUUGACCCCGUGCGGUGUAAAAACUCGGGUCGAGCGUGACUGCCAUGCGUUUUUGUUUCAAACCGUGCGUGCGGAAAAGAACAGCUGUGAAACCGGCGUACAGUGCUAUCAGCGAGCGUUAAGACGAGUCCAGCGGAGGAGUCAAUGUCCUCUUUUCUGUGUGUCAAUGCCACUGCUUGGUGUCCAUUGGCUCCCACUAGGCAACGUUGUUCACAUUGUGCUACCAGUCACCCUACAGUUCAGUGCUGCCAAACCUCGAGAGAGAGCGAAAUGACAAGAGUGGCGACAGGUCUGCUCCAAGCCCAGAAUGUCAUAUGCCUGUCACUUUGCCUGCUCGUCACCUACCGCGUUGCUGUGGUAUCUUGAGCGGCACUCAAGUGGAUUCUGAGAUUGUCUG